AUGCGGAAUGUGUCCUCUCUGUCGCUGGCCGCAAGGUCGGCUCGAAGCUCUCUGACCGCCAUCUCCAUUUUGCGACCGCCCAUUUUGCAGGCUUGCAGCCUCGUGGGCAUGGACGAAUACACCGCGUCGAGUCCGCUCGUCACUAACGACGCGGCGCGCCAUGAUUCGACGGCCCACUCCAGCGAUGACACAGGCGUGCAGCCACUCGUGGCUGUCCGUGGCGACGCGAUGCCGCCGCACAUGGUGAGCCCGACCGGCGGAAGUGGCCGCCACAGUGAGCCUUUGUCCGAGCCGUCGACGGAGCUGGCACGGCCGACAGUGACGCCGGGCCACAGGAGGCAGGGUUCGCGGGCCCUGGAGAGGCUCACCGACACGGUGGCUCCCGCGGCUGCCGCCACGGCGGCGGCGGUCAGCGGCGCAGUCAAGGCGGUGGGCGCGAGCCUCCCGGAUCCAAUCUCGCUGCUGAUGCCGUCGUCGCGGCGUGCGAACGACACGAGCUCGCUCCGCUGGUGGCUGGGCACGCUCGUCUCCGCGACUGCCUUUGUCCUCGGCGCCUUCUUCGCAGGCGGCGCACUUAGCUGCUGGGGAAGCGACUACGAGCGCGGCUGCGCGACACAGGCCGUCAACCUGCCCGACCACGGGGUGGAGACGGAGAUGAAGCUGCUCGACUCGGUCGUCCUCCUCUACCUCGGCCUCUGCCUCCUCGGCGGUGGCGGCGGUGGCCUCGCCAGCCGCCUCUACCUGCUGCGGCGCCGCGCGCAAAUCGUCGCGCGCGUGACGGAGCGGCUGAUGGCGGGGCUGAAGCGGUCGAUGGACUUGGUGCACGACCCGUCGCUCCGGCUCGCCCUCUCGUUCGAGGGCCUCUCCUACCGCCUCCCUUCGGGCGAGGCGGUCCUCACCGACGCUUGCGGCGAGGUGCUGCCGGGCGAGCUCACCGCGCUGAUGGGCCCGUCCGGGUGCGGCAAGUCGACACUCAUCAAUCUGCUCUCCGGCAAGCUGACGCCCUCGUCCGGCUCCAUCCGGCUGAACGGCGUGGAGCGAGAGGAAGAGCUGCCGCCAGCCGCCCACGCAGUCACGAGUCGCUCUGCUCCGUCAGGCCGCCCCGCGCGGUCGACGCGCGAGGAGGACGUGCUGCUGCCCACGCUCACCGUCACCGAGUCGCUCUGGGUGUCCGCGCGGCUGCGGCUGCCUGCAGAGACGCCCGCGUCGCAGCUGAACGAGUGGGUGGUCCGGCUGGUCGACUUGCUCGGCCUGACGCACGUCAAGGACGCGGCCAUCGGCGACGUUGCGCGGUCGGGCCUGCUGCCGGGCGGGGAGGGCGGGCCGGCGAGGGGCCUCUCGGGCGGCCAGCGGAAGCGAGUCAACGUCGGGGUCGAGCUUGCGGCCGACCCGUCCCUCCUCUUCCUCGACGAGCCUACCUCCGGCCUCGACUCGACCGCCGCCCUCGAGCUCUGCCCGCACAAGCUGCUCCUGCUCGACCCGUCGGGGAGGACCGUCUACAUGGGACCCACCGAGGCCGCCGCAGACCACUUUUGCAGCCUCGGCUUCCGCGCAGCCUUCGAGAGCUCGCGCGAGAACGUGGCCGACCUGCUGCUCGACGCGAUCUCGGGCGCCAUCCGCCCGUCGGAGCAGACAGCGGCGCCGUCGGACCAGCAGACGCCCCACGGCGCGAGCCAGCCCCUCACCCCUUCGCCCCUCAGCCGAGGCCGCGGCCCCCGGCCCCAUCACCGCCGCGAGGGGCGGCGACUAGGCGCGGCGCGCAGCCUCGACCUCGCCGAGGCGUGGAGGGCGGCGCGCGCAGACACGGCCGCCGGGGCGGCCGCCGCAGCCGCCGAGCUUGGCGCCGUGCAGAGCCCGCGCCGGCGGGCGACGCGCGCCGCCGCCGAGAUGUCGACGCUGGACCGGCGGCUGCGGCACCACCACGGCCGGCGUACUGCGUCGGGGUGCCGGCAGCUCGUUCUGUUUGUUUGGCGGUCGGCGGUGCAGCACGCGCGGGACGGCGGGACGCUGCUGCGCAACGCAGCCAUCGUCGGCGUGGCGGGCACGCUGCUCGGCUUCCUGUACGAGGGCACGCUCGAGAAGGCCGUCUGCGCGCACGUGCAGGACAUCCCCUUCCCGAACGGCCCCCACGCUUGGGAGCCGACGAGCUCGCCCUCGGCCGCCGCCGGCAGCAGCAGGUGGAAGUGGAGCCCGCGGCGCAGCAGCGUGAUGCGCGGCGCAGUCGCCGGCAGCUCCGCGCAGCUCACCUCGUGGGUCUGGAGCUCGGCCGCGGACAUGUCGAUGACCUCGACGCGCAGGCCGAGCGCCUCGGACAGCGCCACCAUCUCCGGCUGCCCUCCGUACGCCGGAGACCACCACAGCGGCGCAGGCUUGCCGCCGCCUUGCCCGGGCUCCAUCUGGGCCAUCCGCGCGCAGUAA